AUGGCGGAAGAGAUGCCAACAAAUCCUCCGACCUCGUUCUCGCACGAUUCGGGGUUCUUGGGAGAGGAGGAGGAGGAGGAGGACUACCUUCGUGGUUAUCUUCUCGAAAGCCCUCGGAGAUGGAAUAUAAAGAGCACGCUUCCGGAACAACAUGGGUCUACCUCGCCAUCCUUUAUCCAGAACCGUCCGCGCACGCUUGACCGUUUCAGCGAAGACGACGACUAUAAGAGAUUUCUCUUUACAUUUCCCAGGCUAUACUCGGAUUUGACAUUGGAGAGAGACCCAUUUUUCGAGGGUCGCGGGAUGCCAAUGAACCCGCAUAAUACACCAAUAUCCCAAAGCGGUCGUCAAUCUGAAAUCGGAUCUAUUGGAAAAGACAAGCGGGAUGUGCUGUCGCCUGCCAAAUCUGACAAGCACGCUACACAUCAAUUGAGCGAAGUAGCCGCACCGGGUGACAUUCCACUUACGUCUCUUUUCAAUGGCCGUGAAACAGCAUGGAAACCCCCGAAACCACCCAAGCCACCCUUUCUGGCUGAUAUCGGUAUUCCAGCUCAGGGUGAGACAGAAAACAUCCAGCCGUCCUUGCAAGUGGUGCCGCCAAAGAGGGAUGAGGACAGACGGCCUGUGCCAGAACCGCCUUAUCGGUCACUGCCAUCACGGGUUACUAGUAGAAAUUUCGGCCAAAACGUUGAGCCCGCUGUCACAGGGAAACCGCCAGAACAUCACCCGGCUCGGCCAAAGCAAUCCUGGGAAACUAGGAGUAUCGUCCCUGGCCGCUAUUUUCCUCGACCUUUCACGCAUCAGGAGCUGGAGGUCCUUGGUAUACCGCUGAACAAUCCCAGCAUGCCAUUUCCCGCCCCGAUACCGACAAUAGACAAACUCCCUCUGCGUCGUGGCAUUAUAAAUUUCGACUGGAAGCUAGCAGACCAAUACCCGGUAGGAACAGACGGCACCAUGGAGACAAAUCAACCCACUGCCCUCCAACGAACGCUGAACACUUUAUGGAGCAUCUCGCAGAAUAUAUUCUCACCCAGACAGCUCACGAGAACUGCCUUGCACUACUUCACGCCGUGGAAGCUGGUCACGUCCAAACACAACCCGACCGUGCGGACAACAAUUACCAUCCCGUUUGCUUCAAGGAGCGAAAUGCCCCCUGUCGACCAAGAUCAGGUUUCAAUUCAUGGACUCGUCGACGGAGCAUACGUACUUCAAUUGCAUUUCAUUUCCCCCUUACUUCUCGUUCAGCACCGUACGGCUCUUGCAGCAGUUCUGCGCGAAUGCAUGCGCUCAAGAAUUGUCAUGACGGCGGUUGCUAUUGUGCGUUGUCUCACUAUUAUCAUUAUCCGAUGGCUACUUUUCAUCUUCCGCGUCGAGUUUGCGGUGGAGAUAAGUCAGGUGAAAGAAGAGGCGGUCGAAUGA